GCGAGCGGCGCAACGGGGGCGGCUCUUUCCUGGGUGGGGUUUGCAAAGUCGUGGCCCGUUAGCAGGAAGCGGAGCAGUCGCCCGACACCAGAGUGGGACCCAAUCUGAGCACCCGGCUCUCUCCCGAGUCCUUGCCGAAGUGUACUGCGCGCUCAGAACAGCCCGGCAGUUUCUAGCCAAACUUCACCAACUCCUCCGCCUUUGCCGCCACCAUGCCGAAGACGAUCAGUGUGCGUGUGACCACCAUGGAUGCAGAGCUGGAGUUUGCCAUUCAGCCGAACACCACUGGCAAGCAGCUGUUUGACCAGGUGGUGAAAACAAUUGGCUUGAGGGAAGUUUGGUUCUUUGGUCUGCAGUACCAGGACACAAAAGCUUUCUCUACUUGGCUGAAACUCAAUAAGAAGGUGACUGCACAGGAUGUGCGGAAGGAGAGUCCGCUGCUUUUCAAGUUCCGGGCCAAGUUCUACCCAGAGGAUGUGUCUGAGGAACUGAUCCAGGAUAUCACCCAGCGCCUGUUCUUUCUGCAAGUGAAGGAGGGCAUUCUCAAUGAUGACAUUUAUUGCCCACCGGAAACUGCGGUGCUGUUGGCCUCCUAUGCCGUCCAGUCAAAGUAUGGCGACUUCAACAAGGAAGUGCACAAGUCUGGCUACCUGGCUGGAGAUAAGUUGCUGCCCCAGAGAGUCUUGGAGCAGCACAAGCUCAACAAGGACCAGUGGGAAGAGCGGAUCCAGGUGUGGCACGAGGAACACCGGGGCAUGCUCAGGGAGGAUGCUGUCCUGGAAUAUCUCAAGAUUGCUCAAGACCUGGAGAUGUAUGGUGUGAACUAUUUCAGCAUCAAGAACAAGAAAGGCUCAGAGCUAUGGCUGGGUGUGGAUGCCUUGGGACUCAACAUCUAUGAGCAGAAUGACAGACUGACUCCUAAGAUUGGCUUCCCUUGGAGCGAAAUCAGGAAUAUCUCCUUCAACGAUAAGAAGUUUGUCAUCAAGCCUAUUGACAAAAAAGCUCCGGACUUUGUGUUCUAUGCUCCCCGGCUUCGGAUUAACAAGAGGAUCUUGGCCCUGUGCAUGGGGAAUCAUGAGCUGUACAUGCGUCGGCGUAAGCCUGACACCAUUGAGGUUCAGCAGAUGAAGGCACAGGCCCGGGAGGAGAAGCACCAGAAGCAGAUGGAGCGGGCUCUGCUGGAAAACGAGAAGAAGAAGCGUGAGCUUGCAGAGAAAGAGAAGGAGAAGAUUGAACGGGAGAAGGAAGAGCUGAUGGAGAAGCUGAAGCAGAUCGAGGAGCAGACUAAGAAGGCUCAGCAAGAACUGGAAGAACAGACCCGCAGGGCCCUAGAACUUGAGCAAGAACGGAAACGGGCCCAGAGUGAGGCUGAAAAACUGGCUAAGGAGCGCCAAGAAGCUGAAGAAGCCAAGGAGGCCCUGCUGCAGGCUUCUCGGGACCAGAAGAAGACCCAGGAACAGCUGGCUUCAGAAAUGGCAGAGCUGACAUCACGGAUCUCUCAGUUGGAGAUGGCCCGGAAGAAGAAGGAGAGCGAAGCUGUGGAAUGGCAGCAAAAGGCCCAAAUGGUACAGGAGGACUUGGAGAAGACUCGUGCUGAGCUGAAGACUGCCAUGAGUACCCCUCACGUGGCAGAGCCUGCUGAGAAUGAACAGGAUGAACAGGAUGAGAAUGGGGCAGAGGCCAGUGCUGACCUGCGGGCUGAUGCUAUGGCCAAGGACCGCAGUGAAGAGGAACGUACCACUGAGGCAGAGAAGAAUGAGCGUGUGCAGAAGCAUCUUAAGGCCCUUACUUCAGAGCUGGCCAAUGCCCGAGAUGAGUCCAAGAAGACUGCCAAUGACAUGAUCCAUGCUGAGAACAUGCGACUGGGACGAGACAAAUACAAGACGCUGCGCCAAAUCCGGCAGGGCAAUACCAAACAGCGUAUUGAUGAGUUUGAGUCCAUGUAGUGGGCAUUCAGCUUUUAGGCGCCCCUCCUCCUUCUUCCUUGUCCCCACACUCCUAUAGUUUUGCCUGACUAACACUGUGCUGGAGCCACUAACUAGAAAAGCCUUGGAGCCAUGCCAAGCAUUCAGUAUAGCCAUGGGACCAAAUUUAGCCCUUCAGUCUCCCCACUCAGAUCCCUGGGCAAACAAAUGGCCCACUAUGGUGCCAAUGGAGUCUCCUUCUCCUUCUCUGUCAUAGUCAACCUAGCUUUCUAGAAUAGAUCAUACUGCCACUCCUCAGAGGCUCACUCCUUUUGAUUGGACAAGCACUCCCCACCCACACUUACUGUUUUCCUCUGGGACUCAAGUGUGAAAUAGGUUGAUAGCUAGCUCCCAUCCCUUGCCUUUUUCUUCUGAAUCCUAUGAUUUGCAAAGUUAGGGUGUUGUGUGGUUUAGGGACAGAAUUAAGGCCUUGAUUCAAUCAUUUAGUAUGUCAACUGAGCUAGGAUUUGGCCUCUUAAAUGUCCAUCCCUUUUAGAGUUAUUUAGGCUUUGCAAUGAUUUCUUCUACCUCCCAUAUUGGGCCUAUUACAAAUUCAGUCCCAAUAAGCCUUGUCCCUGUGUUUAGGGACCCAGUUUCUAAUCAUGGAGGAAUAAAGGGAUGAAGGAAACAGUGCAUUCUAACAACCUGGAAAGCCUCUUGCCACUGUGCAUCUCGGGAACCUUUCUUCUAUCAAGUUAGGGCCAUGGGUAGGGCUACCCCCAUGUUAGUUCAUGUUCCUGGUUCCAUCUCCAAAUCUGUCCCUGUCCUCUCCAGUCUCUAGAUCUCUUCCAGCUAGGACAGAGAGGAUGAAUACCCCUAAACCCAGCCAGUGGCAUUUGAAGCUCUUGCCACAGAGGGAGAAAUGUUUAUGCCUGGCGUUGGUGUUUUCCCUGCCAGGAGUUCUAGACUCCUCUUUCCCUGACCCCAGAGCUAAUCGGCCCACUGUUCCUGCUUCACAGACACACAUUAUGACAAGGAAGAGUAGCCCUUGUCUUUCAGGCUCCCGGUAAUCCUUCCUCAUCUUACCCAGUCCAAAGUGGUGCGUGGGCCCUGCUUCUGACAACCUUCUAACCCAGGUCUCAUCCCUAGUCAUGCUGUCCCUUGGAGCUACAUAUGGAAAGCUGCUGGCUAUUCUGGUCUCGUCCCUUCACACCCCCACACCCCUUUCUCCACUUUGGAGCAGCUGUUUCCUCCUCUGUGUCACAAGUGUGCUCUUCUCAUUUUUACCAGUAUUAUAUAUUCUAGUGAUAUCUAACUCGAUAUUGAUUUUGACUUUUUUUUUUUUUUUUUUGCUAAUGCACUAUUAGAGAUACUAGUCUUGGGACAGGAUUAUUUUAGCUUCAUUAUUUUUACUACCCCAACCCCAUGUCUGGGAAGUAUAUACUAUAUUAGAAAAUGAUAUUUUGCCAAAAACAAUAUGUAAGAAGACUUCAGUAUUAGUGAUUUGCCUGUCACUAUAGGUCAUACAAUCCAUUUAAAAUGUACUUAAUAUUUGGUUUUAUUGUUCCUGUUUGCCUUUUCCCCAGGGUUCAGUCCCCCAGAGGCUUUAUUGUCCCUUCAUGCAGUAUCCCUAGCCCAGAGCCUUCCUCAGCCCAUGCCCCUUCUACUUCACCUUGGGGAAUCUUAUAUGCAUUGCUGUGAAUUAUAUUGACACUCGGUGAGCUGCCCUAUAUUGGCUAAAUUCAAACCUGGAAUUGUGGGGGCAAUCUAGCUGCAUUAAGGGCAAUAACCCACCCCCCACAGAGACUGGGGAGAAGGUUAGAAUUUUUAUUCAGGUUUUUUUGUGUAUUUUUGUUUUUUAAAUAAUUGUUUUGGAGGGGUUUAUGCUCAAUCUGUGUUCUAUUUCAGUGCCAAUAAAAUUUAGGAAGACUUCACUGUGA